ACACACACACACACACACACACACACACACACACACACACACACACACACACACACACACACACACACACAAUUAGUUUCUCCACUGCCUCUCCGAGGUUGAACUUUUUUUUUGUCUCGUGCACAGAUCGCCUGACGCGUGCGCACCGGGAAACAGUCAGGCUCAGGCGCGUGACAGCACGGCAAAAAUAAAUAAAUAACUAAACGAACUGAACGCAGAUAGAAGAAGAAGAAGAAGAAGGAGGAGGAGGAGGAGAAAUAUCCAUGCUCGAGGAAAGCUCCGUGCGCGCGCGCCAUGGCGAAAAAGAAACGACUUCUUUCGUCGUUGCCGCUGCUGCUGAUGCUGUGCGUCCUCGCGUGCGCGCAGCAGAACGUCCUGCGCAUCGGCGGUAUUUUUGAGACACUGGAGAAUGAGCCAGUCAGCGUUGAAGAGCUAGCCUUUAAAUUCGCAGUGACCAGCAUCAACCGAAACAGGACAUUAAUGCCCAACACAACACUCACCUACGACAUCCAGCGCAUCAACAUGUUCGACAGCUUUGAAGCCUCAAGGAGAGCAUGUGAUCAGCUGUCACUGGGCGUGGCUGCAGUAUUUGGCCCCUCCCACAGCUCCUCAGUCAGUGCAGUGCAGUCCAUCUGUAACGCGCUGGAGGUUCCUCACAUACAGACACGUUGGAAACAUCCGUCUAUGGACAACAGGGACAGCUUCUAUGUCAACCUGCACCCAGAGUAUGCCUCCAUUAGCCAGGCCGUGCUGGACAUUGUGCACUUCUACAAGUGGAAGAGUGUCACCGUAGUGUAUGAGGAUGCAACAGGUCUGAUUCGUCUGCAGGAGCUGAUCAAAGCUCCAUCCCGUUACAGCAUUAAGAUCAAGAUCCGCCAGCUGCCUAUGGGGAACAGAGACGCUCGGCCGCUUCUCAAAGAAAUGAAGAGGGGUAAAGAGUUCUGCGUCAUCUUCGACUGCUCAUACCAAACCACAGCCGAGGUGUUAAAACAGUUACUCUCUAUGGGCAUGAUGACUGAGUACUAUCAUUUCUUCUUCACUACGCUGGAUAUGUAUGCGCUGGAUCUGGAGCCGUACCGCUACAGCGGCGUGAACAUGACAGGUUUCCGCCUUCUGAAUGUAGACGACCCGCAGGUGGCAUCGGUGCUGGGGAAAUGGUCCACGGAGAGAGUUCAGGGUCCACCGAAACUCGACACUGGCUUAAUGGAAGGCAUAAUGACGACUGAAGCGGCCUUGAUGUAUGAUGCCGUGUUCAUGGUGGCAGCAGCAGCGCAGCGAGCAUCGCAGAUCACCGUCAGCUCACUGCAAUGCCACCGACACAAACCCUGGCGCUUCGGCUCGCGCUUCAUGGGCACAUUUAAAGAGUCUCAGUGGAACGGAUUAACUGGAAAGAUUGUCCUGAACAAGACAGAUGGACUGAGGAAAGAUUUUGACCUUGAUAUCAUCAGCCUGAAAGAAGACGGCAUGGAAAAGUUGGAUGCUGGGCGCUUUCAUAAAGUGUGGAAGAAGAUUGGGGUGUGGAACUCUAACACAGGACUUAACCUGACAGACAGCAAAGACAAGUCGGGUAACGUUACGGACUCCAUGGCCAACCGGACUCUGAUCGUCACGACAAUUCUGGAAAACCCAUACGUGAUGUAUAAGAAAUCAGACAAGCCACUGUACGGGAACGACCGAUUCGAGGGUUACUGCUUAGACCUGCUGAAGGAGCUCUCCAACAUCCUGGGAUUUUCCUACGAGGUCAAACUAGUCUCGGAUGGCAAAUAUGGUGCCCAGAACGAUAAGGGGGAGUGGAAUGGCAUGGUUCGAGAGCUCAUAGAUCACGUGGCGGAUUUAGCUGUAGCUCCACUCACCAUUACCUACGUCAGAGAGAAGGUGAUCGAUUUCUCCAAACCCUUCAUGACCCUCGGAAUCUCCAUCCUGUACCACAAACCCAACGGCACAAACCCGGGUGUCUUCUCCUUCCUGAACCCGCUCUCCCCUGAUAUCUGGAUGUACGUCCUACUCGCUUGCCUAGGUGUCAGCUGCGUCCUUUUCGUCAUCGCCAGGUUCACACCUUAUGAAUGGUACAAUCCUCACCCCUGCAACCCUGACUCUGAUGUGGUGGAGAACAACUUUACACUAAUCAACAGCGUGUGGUUUGGCGUUGGAGCACUAAUGCAGCAAGGUUCAGAGCUGAUGCCUAAAGCUUUGUCUACUAGGAUUGUUGGGGGCAUCUGGUGGUUUUUCACACUCAUCAUCAUCUCAUCCUACACGGCAAAUCUCGCCGCGUUUCUCACCGUGGAGCGCAUGGACUCGCCUAUUGACUCGGCCGACGAUCUCGCCAAACAAACCAAGAUUGAGUACGGAGCUGUGAGGGACGGUUCCACCAUGACCUUCUUCAAGAAGUCGAAGAUCUCGACAUAUGAGAAGAUGUGGGCCUUCAUGAGCAGCCGUAAGAACACGGCUCUGGUGAAAAACAACCGCGAGGGAAUCCAACGUGUGCUGACCACCGACUAUGCGCUCCUGAUGGAGUCCACCAGCAUCGAGUACAUCAGCCAGCGCAACUGCAACCUCACACAGAUCGGAGGCCUCAUUGACUCCAAGGGCUAUGGAGUGGGAACCCCAAUUGGUUCCCCAUACCGCGAUAAAGUGACGAUAGCAAUUCUGCAACUGCAGGAGGAAGGAAAGUUGCACAUGAUGAAGGAAAAGUGGUGGCGAGGAAACGGCUGUCCGGAGGAGGACAGUAAGGAGGCAAGCGCUCUCGGCGUCGAGAACAUCGGCGGCAUCUUCAUCGUCCUCGCCGCUGGGCUGGUGCUCUCCGUGUUCGUGGCCAUUGCCGAGUUUGUUUACAGAUCACGCAGAAAUCUCGAUGUGGAGGAGGCGAGUGUUGGGCAGUGCGAGUGGCACAACAAGUACUGACCAUGACGGACGACUGAUAUGGAAUAUGGAUAAGUAAUAUCACAGCCCUACUCACAAUGGUACGUUAGGAAUCUUCACCAACUUUGGAUGGAAAAAAAAAGACCCUCACUCAAAGGGAAUUAUUGGUAACGUACUUCGGUGCGACAAUCACAGAAAGUAUUCUUUUCGUAAUUGUCACGUUCCUGUAUUUUCCUUUUCUUCUUCUACACUCUAUGUAGCACAAAAUGUUAAACUCUUCACUUUUAUAUGUGGACGACACAGGGUCUGAAACUGGGAGCAAUUUUGGGUUUCAAUCACUAGUCCUGUAUACUGGAAGUACGUUACAAAUAAUGGCUUUUAUGCCUAGCGUUGAGUUCCACGUAUAUAGGAAGGAUUUAAUACAGGAACACGCACACAUUCUGGUCUUCUGGUCUCGGACGCAAUGACAGACUUUUUCUUGUGUGAUAUUCUCUCGAGCAAAGAAUCCAGAGGCACAUUUUGGACAGUUUGAUGAUCACAGUAUGCCCUGAAAUUCACUGAAAUUCACGUUUUGGUCUGUAAACACAUUCAAAAAGAUUACGGCAUGUCAUUCGGAUUCAAUGUUAAACACAUAAUUAUGAGUCUAUUCAUUUUGUUUGUUUAAAGGUGUUGGCGUAGACGCUUUUGAAAAACCCUGGCGUGGACACUUUUACCGGGAGCACAGGGACGUGCGUAACCCGACUCUGAAGACGAGGAACUUUCCCAGUGAAAGUCCCUUUUUCACUCUGAAUACUGUCCAAUGUGUCUAAUGAGAAGCUGUUUGGGACUAAAUCACUAGUACUAUUUAAGUACACUAACUACACAAUAAAAUAAAAGCUUUUAUGUAUAUAGUGUAUACAAGACAACCAGACAUUUGGUUCCAGCUUCCUAUGAAAUAAAGGUUCCAACUCAACGGUUAGUGGUUGGGGGAUUGAAUCACUGGUUGAAAUUUAAAUGCAGUACAUAGUGAGAAAUAAUAAUUAUUUUUUAAUUAUACCUUAUAUA